AGCUCAUAACAAUGUCUCAUGUUUGUUAUAGAAAAACAGAUAAGAAGAGCCGAUGAUAAAGGUAUCUUUUCUGUUUUGAUGUCACUCUACUCGACCGGCAUUAUUCGUUGUUCAACCAUAAAAGUGAUACAAACGCCUGCUGCGGUUACAAAACGUCAACAAACGAUUUUUUUGUCGUAUACACAAAAUGCAUUUAACUCGCUUCCUGAAACAUAACCAAUCAGCGCUUAUCUGUAUUGCUGUAUUGAGUGUCACUAUGCUGUUUAUCUAUUAUCAUCGGACAAUGAGUGCACGUAUCGAAAGCUUACAACUUCAAUUGGAACAGAAGGAACAUCCUCACCACGUUUUGGUAGAUUCCGUAACAGCUUCAGUACUACACAACUACACGGCGAACCCGUUGGAUGAAAAUUUGUCGAAUCCUCCCGGUGAUAUGGGUGAACCGGUUUUCGUUCCGGUUGACGCGCCCAUGGGUGUUCGGGAAGUGAUGGAUCGACAGUUCAAAAUAUUCGCUCUGAAUGAAUAUGCCAGUGCUCUGAUAUCCGUGCAUCGCAGACUGCCCGACUACCGAGACGCUUGGUGCAAAGAAACGGGAAGAAUACUGACUCACCUGCCACCGACUACAGUUGUUAUUGUGUUCUACAACGAACCUUGGUCAGUGUUGGUGAGAACGGUUCACUCUGUGCUGGAUCGAUCACCACCGCAGUUGGUCAAGGAAGUGCUGUUAGUGGAUGAUUUUUCCUUUAUGCCACACACAAAAACUCAAUUGGAGGACUAUUUUGCUACCGAACAAAAAGUUCGCAUACUUCGAUCAACUGAGCGGUUGGGGUUAAUCAGGGCACGCCUACUUGGUGCUAAGAAUGCCACUACAGAGAUCCUUACCUUCUUGGACGCUCACUGUGAGUGUACAACUGGAUGGCUCGAGCCUCAAAUAGACCGAGUAGCAAGGAAUCCUACAACCAUCGCUCUCCCAGCAAUCGAUUGGAUCGAUGAGCACAAUCUGGCCUACAUUUCAAAUAAAUCACACAUGUUCUACGGUGCCUGUGAUUGGGGACUGCAAUUCGGUUGGCGUGGACGAUGGGACCGGAUGGUUCAACCGACAAAUAAAUUCGAACCUUUUCCUACUCCCAUCAUGGCCGGUGGACUGUUUUCGAUCAACCAGAAAUUUUUCGCUCAUUUGGGAUGGUACGAUGAGGGCCUCGGUAUCUACGGAGGAGAAAAUGUGGAACUUUCGUUAAAAGCGUGGAUGUGUGGUGGACGAUUGGAAACGGUACCUUGCUCGAGGGUCGGUCAUAUCCAGAAGGCUGGGCAUCCGUAUCUGAAUGGCAUGAAGACCGACUGGGUUCGAGUGAACUCGGUUCGAGUGGCGGAAGUCUGGUUGGAUCAGUACUCUCAGGUGGUGUACGACAUGUUUGGCGGUCCAGAGUUUCGUGGGGACUUUGGGGAUGUCUCCGAUAGAAUUAAGCUACGCGAAAGUCUCAAUUGUAAAUCGUUCAAGUGGUAUAUCGAAAAUGCCUUCCCUGAGCUGGCGGAUCCUGUUGCAGCCGGAGCAGGCCAUGGAAAGUUCGUGAACCUCGGAGCUGGACCCAGUUAUUGUCCUCGGUAUCGAAAAGCCGGAUACACAUUCAAAUUGGAGCCAUGUAGUUACCAAGACUACCAACAUUGGGUUUACAACAUGUUGGGAGAAAUCAGUACCAACAACGUAUGCCUCGACUAUGAUGGAAAUAUGCUGCAAAUGUUUGGUUGCCAUAAGAGUCGAGGAAAUCAGGAGUGGCGGUAUUCGAAAAGUAGCAAGCAGUUCUCUAGUGUAAAGCAUAAAAAAUGCUUAUCUGUUGGCAGUGGUCCAUCAAUGAAUCUUACUGUAGAAGAGUGCAACUCUUCGAAUGAAUCUCAAAAGUGGGAGUUUCCGUUUUUGAACCUGGAUUGAUUGACGAAAUUUUAAAUAUAUGAAUACGGAAUGAUGCGGAAAUAAACAUA